AUGAAAGUUGAUGAAGUGAAAAUAUUUUAUGAUUGUCGAUACAUAUCUCCUUGUGAAGCUGCCUGGAGGAUAUUUUCCUAUGACAUUCACUAUAGCAAUCCAUCUAUUGAGAGGCUGAGUUUUCAUUUACCAGAUCAACAACCUGUUGUAUUUACAGAUAAUGAAUCAUUAGUUGAAGCUCUUGCGAAGGCCAAUGUAAAAGAGUCCAUGUUUCUAGCUUGGUUUGCAGCUAACGAAAAAUAUGCAGAAGCUAGACAACUAACAUACACUGAGUUUCUAGCAAAGUUUGUUUGGAAACCUUCACCUCGAGCUUGGGAACCAAAGAAAAGUCAUCAAGUCAUUGGAAGGAUGAUUUUUGUUCCACCAUCAUCUGGUAAGCUAUAUUACUUAAGGAUGUUGUUAAAUAUUGUAAAGGGACUAACAAGCUAUGUAGAUAUUCGAACCUACAAUGGUGUUAUCUAUUCAUCAUUUCGAGAUGCAUGCUAUGCACGUGGGCUAUUUAAUGACGACAAAGAAUAUAUUGAUGCCAUUAAGGAAGCAAGUCAUUGGGGCUCAGAUUUGGUUUUCAGUGAUGAGGAAUUAAAGAGCCUAACUUUGAUUGAGAUUGAACAAAUCUUGAACAGUAAUACCAAAAGCUUACGGGAUUAUACGACAAUGCCAUUUCCAUCAGGGGAUACUUACCAUCUUAGAACACAAAACAAGAUGAUCUUUGAUGAGUUAAAUUAUGAUCGUGUUGAAUUACAAAGGCAACACAUUCAAUGCCUGUCCAAAUUAACUAGAGAGCAAAUGAGAGUAUAUGAUAAGAUCAUGAACGCUGCCGAAAGUCAACAUGGACGUAUGUUUUUUUUUUUGUAUGACCAUGGAGGUACAGGAAAGACUUUUCUUUGGAAAACUUUAGCUUCAACAUUGAGAUCAAAGGGACAGAUAGUCUUAACUGUUGCCUCUAGCGGUAUUGCUUCUCUAUUGUUACCUGGAGGCCGGACUGCACAUCCUAGAUUUGUCAUACCAUUAACCCCAAAUGAAUUCUCUACUUGCAAUAUCAAGCAGGGAAGCCCAUUGGCAGAGUUAAUUGUAAGAGCAAAGCUAAUAAUCUGGAAUGAAGUUCCUAUGAUGAGCAAAUUUUGUUUCGAAACACUGGAUAAGACAAUGAAAGAUUUGAUGAAGUUCAAACAUGAUGAAAGCCCAAAGAUGCCAUUCAGAGGGAAAACAAUAGUCUUUGGUGGAGAUUUUAGGCAAAUCUUGCCAGUGAUUUCAAAGGAAACAAGACAAGACAUCAUCAAUGCGUCUUUGAAUUCAUCAUAUCUAUGGCAGCAUUGUGAAAUAUUAAAGCUAACUAUCAACAUGCGACUGCAAUCCAUGGCUGCAGAUAGUGGCAUACAAGAUUUGCAGCAAUUUGCUGACUGGAUUCUUCAGGUCGGCAAUGAAAUAUCAGAAGGAAUGAGUGACGAGUACAAUUUGAUUAGCAUACUUCCUGAAUUCAUUAUCACUUAUUAUAAUGAUCCAAUGGAAGCAAUCGUUGAAGCAAUCUAUUCUAAUUACAUUGCUGACAUGGAUAACGAAGGCCACUUGAAAGGUCGAGCUAUUUUGGCUCCUACAAUUAAUGCGGUAGAUGAGGUGAAUGAUUAUAUGACCAAACUGAACAACAAUGCAUGCAAGACUUAUGUUAGUUCCAAUAAAUGUUUGUUCUAA